UCCCGACCUGGCGGCCUCCGCAGGACCCAUGGCGGAUUCCUCGCCCGUGCUGGCCCUGCGGGAAGGCGGCCCCCGUGCGCCCCGGUCUUCAGCCCCGUCCCCGCCGCCGCGGUCGCGCUCAAGCUCCGAGCCGGAGGAGGCCGAGCUGUCGCUGAGCCUGGCCCGCACCAAAACCCGCUCGUAUGGUAGCACAGCCAGCGUGAACGCCGGUGUCUUUGAGCGGCAUGUGGAGCACCGGGUCCGCGCGAGCGACACGCUGCAGGGCAUUGCGCUCAAGUACGGAGUCACGAUGGAGCAGAUUAAAAGGGCAAAUAAACUCUUUACCAAUGACUGUAUAUUUCUGAAGAAAACUUUGAACAUCCCCAUUAUUUCAGAGAAGCCUUUUCUGUUUAAUGGACUUAAUUCAAUUGAUUCUCCCGAAAAUGAAACUGUUGAGGACCGUUUUUCUCAUGAAGAAGGGCUGGUAGCAGCUGCAGACCUGCCUCCUCCCAGUCCUCAAGCGCCUGAUGCUCAGCCUGUGACGCCUGAGGAAGUGUCAGCCAAAGAUUUCCUGCAGAGGCUGGACUUGCAGAUUCAGUUAUCAACACAGGCAGCCAAGAAACUGAAAGAAGAAAGCAGAGAUGAAGACAAUCCCUAUGCAACUUCACUCUAUCACAGUUAGAGGAUCAUGGGACAUAAUCUCACCUGAUUAAGAGAUGGUUGGAUCAUAAAGAAACCAACAACUGAAGAUUCAAAAGCAUUUCUCUUGGACUCCGAGUGUACAUCUUUGAAUCACAAUUAAGUAGUUCCACCUACUGCAGUUGCACUGAAGUGAUUAGUUCCCUCUGGCUUUCCAUAAUUUUAAGUCUGCAUUAUGGCAUGAAACAAAAUUGUACCCUGAAGCUCAUCACUUUUGUAGUGGUGGUAGUUUUUAGACUUGCUUUUGUAAAUACUAGCUGACAUAAAACAUCAAAGACUAUUACAUAGCCAAGCUAAAAACUGUUUAUUUCUUGAGAAUUCCUAAUGAUAAGAAAAAUAUGGUUGCCGUUUAAGUGAUGCUGAUUUUGCUAUGUGUUUAUAAUUAAGUGCUAUAUAUUUCGAUAUGUAUUACAUAUUCUGUAUUAAUAUAGAGAACCAAAUUUUGUCUGCUAUUUUAUAAAAAUAAAC